UCUAAGUAAAAAUAUCCAUGUAAGGGAAGUGAUUGAGUGAGGAAAGAAAGCAAAGUCUAAAUAGCGGGAGUAAGGAGUGUUUCCAUUUUGUGCCCUCCCCCAUUCUUCCCUUAUAUUUGAUGGCCGUAAGGCCUCCUCUGCAAUUCACUCUCUCUCCUCGAAGCCACCAAAUCAUCUUCUCCAUCUUCGACUUCCCUUUUUCUCUCUCCUCGAACCUUAUCCUUCAUUCCUCUUCUUCAAUUAACAAUCAAAACCGUCUUCUUCUUCUCCGGCAGUUCGGGUCGAAGACGAGCAGUUUCUCACCGCCUCCGACAAGAUCGUCGGAGAUUAAACGAAUUGUUAGGUCGUCCACUUUUGCAGAUACGCUGGCUCAAAGGAUUGGUAAAUCGAUUCGCCGCCCUGGCGCCGCCUCCAAAGCUAGGGUUUAUUCCGAUGUCAAUGUUGUCCGACCUAAAGAUUAUUGGGAUUACGAGGCACUCACUGUUCAAUGGGGUGAACAGGAUGAUUAUGAAGUGGUAAGGAAGGUUGGGAGAGGCAAAUACAGCGAGGUCUUUGAGGGUGUUCAUUGUACUAAUAAUGAGAAAUGUAUCAUUAAGAUCCUUAAACCUGUCAAGAAGAAGAAGAUCAAAAGGGAGAUAAAAAUACUUCAAAACCUUUGCGGUGGACCAAAUAUUGUGAAAUUGCUUGAUAUUGUAAGAGAUCAGCAGUCGAAGACCCCAAGUCUUGUUUUUGAAUAUGUGAAUAAUACAGAUUUCAAGGUGCUUUACCCUACACUGUCGGACUAUGAUAUUCGCUACUACAUCCAUGAACUUUUAAAGGCUUUAGAUUACUGUCACUCACAAGGCAUUAUGCAUCGUGAUGUAAAGCCCCAUAAUGUCAUGAUUGACCAUGAGCAGCGAAAGCUACGACUUAUAGAUUGGGGCCUUGCGGAGUUCUAUCAUCCAGGGAAGGAAUACAAUGUUCGUGUUGCAUCAAGAUAUUUUAAAGGUCCAGAACUUCUUGUUGAUUUGCAAGACUAUGAUUACUCUUUGGACUUAUGGAGCCUGGGGUGCAUGUUUGCUGGAAUGAUUUUUCGCAAGGAGCCGUUCUUUUAUGGACAUGAUAAUUAUGACCAAUUGGUCAAGAUAGCUAAGGUACUAGGAACAGAUGAACUGAAUGCAUAUCUGAGUAAGUACCGCAUAGAGUUAGAUCCACAUCUUGCUGCCCUUGUGGGAAGGCAUAGCCGAAAACCAUGGACAAAGUUUAUUAAUGCAGACAACCAACAUCUGGCGGUUCCGGAGGCUGUUGACUUUGUUGAUAAAUUGCUGAAAUAUGAUCACCAGGAAAGGCCCACUGCUAAAGAAGCAAUGGCACAUCCUUAUUUCUACCCAAUAAGAAAUGCUGAAAGCAGCCGAACUCGUACACAAUAAGAUGAAUUGGGUCCAAAAGAGGUUAUUAUUGUACGAGUAUGCGUUCCGAGUUUUUCUUCUAUUUUCGAGCUGAUUUUAAAUGUACUGAUUUUUUUUACCCAGUCUUGUGACUCUGUUCACAUUUCCUGUUCAGUAUAGGCUUCUUCAGACAGCGAGUUUUACAUUAAAUUAGUUCCCAAUAUUAACCCUUCUUUUGGUAUGAUUUGUGUAAUGAACGUUUCAAGGCUUCAAAUUAUUUUUCGAUCAGGUUGUCAA